CACGCCCCCUGACGUACUGAGAGCGGCCGGCGGCGCAGUCUAAUUUGUGCUGUUCAAAUGAAAGUUCAUUACUAAAUAAAGAAAUCGCUAAAUAAACUCGAAGUACCAUCACAAUGUCAGUAACGAUUCUGAAGUGUAGCAGAUUAAGAUCAGUGUUCAGAUUGCGAACGUUACAGCAUCAUCUGAUGUCCAGUCAGGCCGGAUCCGAGGUCCUUUUCGAGCGAGUCGGCUCCGCCGGCGUGAUAACCCUGAACAGGUCCAAGGCCCUGAACGCCCUCAACCUGUCCAUGAUCAGGCACCUAUACCCACAGCUGAAGAAUUGGGAGAAGGACUCGGAAACCGACCUCGUGGUUAUUAAAGGGGCUGGAGAAAAAGCCUUUUGUGCUGGUGGAGACAUCAGAGCGGUCACUGAAGCAGGCAAAUCUGGAGACAGCCUUGCCCAGGACUUCUUCCGUGAGGAAUACAUAUUAAACAACACUAUCGGAACAUACCAGAAACCAUAUGUUGCCUUGAUUGAUGGGAUAACAAUGGGAGGUGGUGUUGGCCUCUCCGUCCACGGACGCUUUCGGGUGGCCACAGAAAAGACCCUAUUUGCCAUGCCGGAAACUGCUAUUGGCCUGUUUCCUGAUGUCGGCGGUGGCUACUUCCUACCCAGGCUGCAGGGCAAGCUGGGCCUCUUCCUGGCCCUCACUGGCUUUCGACUCAAGGGGCGGGAUGUGCAGAGGGCAGGCGUGGCCACGCAUUUCGUGGAGUCCCAGAAGCUUGCAGCUCUGGAGAAAGACCUUGUGAACCUGAAGUCUCCAACCUUUGACGCCGUUGGUUCAAUGUUGGACACUUAUCAGAAGCAGAGCAGUCUGGACCGAGACAAGCCCUUCUCCCUGACUCAGCACUUGGAUGCCAUCAACAGGCUGUUCGAGGCCAGCAGUGUGGAGGGGAUCCUGGAGAAUCUGCGACGGGACGGCUCUGCAUUUGCACAGAAGCAGGCAGAGACGCUGUGUAAGAUGUCGCCGACAUCGCUGAAGAUCACCUUCCGGCAGCUGCAGACAGGGGCAGCGCUGAGCCUGCAGGAGGUGCUGGUUAUGGAGUACCGGCUGAGCCAGGCCUGCAUGAAAGGGAAUGACUUCUACGAGGGAGUGAGGGCGGUGCUCGUCGACAGGGACCAGAGUCCCAGAUGGCAGCCGGCCUCACUGGAGGGCGUCACGGAGCAGUUCCUGGAAGGCUGCUUCGCGCCUCUGGGGGAACAUGACCUCAGGCUCUGAGCAGUUUUGCUAUGGAGGGGGGUCCUGCCCCUUCAGUCAUCUUGACCAACCCCUUCGUGACCUCAUCGGCCUCAAACUUUCACUCCUCAAUGACCAUGCCCCUUCAGUCCUCCCCAGGUGUGCCCCUUCAGUUCUCUUGACCCACCCCUUUAUGGCCUCAUUGGCCCCACCCCUUUAUGGCCUCAUUGGCCCCGCCCCUUUAUGGCCUCAUUGGCCCUGCCCCCCUCGGUCCUCCUCUGUUGCUGCUCUAGCAUGUAAAAUGUUCAGAGCAGAUGCCAGAUCUAUGUAUCUGGGGCAGCAGGCACCCAGUUCAAUAUUAAGCAGCUUAGCAUGUGGGAAGAGGGAUGGAUAGAUUGUAAAUUUGCUUUUUAAAAUAACAUAUGUAUGGCUCUGUUCAGAGAGGGUUCACUGUUGUUCCAACAUAGUGUAUUACCAUUGAUGUUCUUUUUCCAUAUACAUUGUAGACGGUUGUUGGUCUGUGUGUGUCUGCAUUGUUUGCUACAGGCAGUAAACAGACAGACAAAUCUGCAGAAAGUGUGUGAUUGAUCGGUGUAGUCAUGACUAAAUAAACACUAGAACCUUCAGAGUGUCA